AUGAUAUCAUCUGCACAAGCAGAACAACUGGUUCUGUUGGCCCCUUUUGAUGAUACAAAAUCGAAAGUGGCAAGAAUGGUGUAUCCAUAUGCAACGGACAAAGAUGUUUACGUAGCAAUUGAUGGUGACGCAAUUCGAUAUGGUAGUACCUUAGAUAAACCGAAAGAAUUUAUUCAGGAAAGGUACAUAGGCUACAAUGGUCAUUGA